CUAAAAUUCAACUGUUGUUCUGCCUGUGUCCGUCUCUAAUGAAUUGGGCGAAACUUAGCAAUGUAUCCACAGCCAUCAAAUCCACUGUGAAUCAUAAACUCUCCUUCAAGUCGAACCCGACCAUCACUCUCUCGAUAUUGGAAUCUGGAUUGCUCAGAUGCCGAACUCCGAAGCAGUUCAACCAAAUCCUUUCUCAGAUGAUCCUCACUGGGUACCUCAAAGACGCGUAUGCAGCGAGCAGACUCCUGAAAUUUUCCAUCGAAUCCUCCUUUGUCCCCGUUGAUUACUCCCUCCAAAUUUUCACCCGCCUCGAGAACUCGAACGGGUUCACAUGGAACACCAUGAUGAGGGCUUUGGUGCAGAGGAAGAACAGCCCCCAAGAUGCUAUUUUGCUGUACAAGUCGAUGUUGAAUGAGAAUGUAGGCCCAGAUAACUAUACUUACCCGAUUCUCAUUCAAGCCGCUGCCUUGCUGGUCGCUCAUUUUGAGGGGAAACAGGUGCACGGACACGCACUGAAGCUGGGUUUCGAUUUGCACGUUUAUGUGGGGAACACUCUGAUCAACAUGUACUCUGUAUGUGGGAACAUGAGGGACGCGAGACGUGUGUUCGAUGGAAGUCCUGAGUUGGACAGAGUCUCGUGGAAUUCGAUCUUGGCAGGUUAUGUUCAGAUUGGAGAUGUAGAGGAGGCGAAACGGGUGUUCGACCGAAUGCCUCAGAGGAACACGAUCGCCUCCAACUCAAUGAUUGUCCUGUUUGGCAAGACUGGUCGUGUGGGUGAUGCGUUCGACUUGUUCAAUGAACUGGAUGAAAAGGAUAUGGUGUCUUGGAGUGCUAUUAUUUCUUGCUACGAACAGAACAGAAUGUAUGAGGAUGCGCUGGGCAUGUUUAAGAGGAUGUGCGCUGGCGGAAUCGAGUUGGAUGAGGUUGUGUUGGUUAGUAUUCUUUCUGCUUGUGCCCACAUGUGUGCUGGUGAGAUAAGAAAGUCAGUCCACGGACUGGCUAUAAAGAUGGGAAUUGAGUCUUAUCUUAACCUUCUGAAUGCUCUGAUUCACAUGUACUCAAAAUGUGAGGAAGUAUCGGAAGCUCAAAAGCUGUUCGAUGUGGGUCAUCACAACCUCGACUUGAUAUCGUGGAACUCUAUGAUAUCGGGGUACAUAAGGAGUGGCUUAUUGGAGAGGGCUGAAGCACUUUUUUAUUCAAUGCCCGAAAAGGAUCUUAUUUCUUGGAGUGCCAUGAUAUCAGGUUAUGCCCAACAUGACCAAUUCUCGAAGACUCUGGAGUUGUUUCAAGAAAUGCAGCUUUCUGGAAUCAGGCCCGAUGAGACCAUCUUAGUGAGCGUUAUAUCGGCUUGCACUCACUUGGGUGCCCUUGAUCUGGGCAGGUGGGUUCACGCUUACAUCAGUAAAAAUGGCCUCAAUGUUAAUGUUAUUCUCGGCACAACCUUAUUGGACAUGUAUAUGAAAUGUGGGUGUGUGGAAAGCGCAAUGGAUGUUUUCUGUAAAAUGGAGGAAAGAGGAGUAUCCACCUGGAAUGCUGCGAUUCUUGGGUUGGCGAUGAAUGGGUUAACAGAGAGGUCACUCGAUUUGUUGUCAGAGAUGAAGAGCAGUGGAGUGAAGCCAAAUGAGAUAACCUUCAUGGCGGUGCUAGGGGCUUGUAGGCAUAUGGGACUAGUAGAUGAGGGUCGAUCCCAUUUCGAUUCCAUGGUUCGAGAAUUCAAAGUUGAACCAAAUGUCAAGCACUAUGGGUGCAUGGUGGACUUACUAGGCCGUGCCGGUGAACUUGAAGAAGCUGAGGAACUUAUCCAAACCAUGCCAAUGGCCCCAGACGUUUCUACUUGGGGGGCCCUGCUAGGAGCCUGUAAAAAACAUGGGGAUGUUGAAAUGGGAGAGAGGGUAGGAAGAAAGCUCAUUGAGCUUCAGCCAGAUCAUGACGGAUUUCACGUGCUGUUGUCAAACAUGUAUGCUUCACGGGGCAAUUGGGAUGAUGUGAUUGAGAUUCGGGGGAUGAUGACCGAAAAUGGAGUGGUGAAGACUCCAGGCUGUAGCAUGAUUGAAGCGAAUGGGAUAGUUCACGAAUUCCUUGCAGGAGAUAAGACACAUCCACAGAUUGAGGAGAUCGAAAACAAGUUGGAAGAGAUGGGUAAGAGAAUAAAGAUGGAAGGCUAUGUGCCGGACACGAACGAUGUUUUCCUGGAAAUUGACGAGGAGGAGAAGGAAACGUCUCUGUUUAGACACAGUGAGAAGCUUGCUGUUGCCUUUGGACUUCUCUGCAUUGCUCCACCAACCCCGAUAAGAAUUAUGAAGAAUUUGCGGAUAUGCAAUGACUGUCACACGGCAUUUAAGCUUACCUCCAAAGCUUAUGAUCGGGAAAUUGUGGCGAGAGAUCGGCAUAGGUUUCACCACUUCAAGCACGGGAGAUGUUCAUGCUCGGAUUUCUGGUAGAUAAUUACAUACCAUUGCAUUGAAGAAAGGAUGGUCUUGUAAUUGUACAAUUUCUAGAAAUCAGAAACAAGAAUUAACUUAAUUGAAAUACCAUUAAAUUUCAUCCAUAAUUGAAGGUCAGUGAAUUGGAACCUGGCAAAUUUGAUA